CUUUGAAGAUGAGCUCUCUUGUUAGUUACCGGGCAGUCGCCACUGGCACAGAGAGGAUGAGCAGAGGAGGGGACGGGAAGGUGGUGUGUGUCACAGGAGGGUCAGGUUACAUAGCUUCAUGGCUAGUUAAGCUUUUGCUUCAACGUGGCUACACUGUCAAAGCCACAGUCCGUGACCCAAAUGAUCCAAAGAAAACAGAACACUUGCUUGCACUUGACGGAGCUAAAGAAAGACUUCAUUUGUUCAAAGCUAAUUUAUUGGAAGAAGGAGCUUUUGAUCCUAUUGUUGAUGGAUGUGAAGGUGUUUUUCAUACAGCUUCCCCUGUUUCUUUUUCACCCAAUGACGACCCACAGGUUGACCUAAUUGAUCCUGCCUUGAAAGGAACACUAAAUGUUCUUAGAUCAUGUGCAAAAGUUCAUUCUAUCAGGAGAGUGGUUUUAACCUCUUCAAGCGCAACAUGUUUAUAUAGUGGAAAACCUCUGAACCAUGAUGUGGUUAUUGACGAGACCUGGCAUUCAGAUCCAGCUAUUUGUAAGGAAUUGAAGGCUUGGUAUGCACUUUCAAAAACCUUAGCUGAGGAAGCUGCUUGGAAUUUUGCAAAAGAGAAUGCUACUGACUUGGUUACAGUGCAUCCAUCAUUUGUGAUUGGCCCUCUUUUACAGCCAACUCUUAAUUUCAGUGUGGAGAUGAUCCUCAACCUUGUCAAUGGAGCUGAGACAUACCCAAAUGAAUAUUAUAGGUGCAUCGAUGUUAGAGAUGUUGCAAACGCACAUAUUCAAGCUUUUGAAAUUCCUUCAGCUAGUGGCAGAUAUGGUUUGACAGCACAUGUCACAACCUUUUCUGAGGUUCUGAAGAUCAUCCAUGAAAACUAUCCUACUUUGCGCCUUCCUGAAAAAAGCACAGAAGGCAGGUUCAAGCCAUACCAGGUGUCCAAAGAGAAAGCACAAACUUUGAGUAUCAACUUCACUCCACUGGAUUUGUCUCUCGUGGACACGAUUGAGAGCUUGAAGGAGAAGGGCUUUCUCAAAAUCUGAUUUAGCGAGAUGAAAUUAGGAAUUGGUGUGUCAAAACAACUCCAAAACAAGAGCACAGGAACGAAUUAUAUAUAUAUAUAUGAGGGAAUCAGAAUGAGUUGAUCGUAUAGCUAGUGGUAUAAUUUUAUUUGCAUACUGAAAAUAAAUCAAGCAUAAUUU